CACCAUCCAGUAGUCGCCCGCCAUCUCUGACCUCUUGACCCCAAGCGCAGUCGCACCAGGUGCGGUAGAGGGUAAGAUUUGCCGUUGGCAGCGGGUUGGUGCGUCUGACAAUUGGCUGGGUCCCCGCAUCUUUGGGGAUUGUUCAGACUUGGACGAAUGGGGGCGCUAGACGAGAACAAUAUGUAUUGGGCGCGAGGUUGGAGAAGGGCUAGGUUUUUACCCGUCUAUGGUGUUGGGCAGUGGUUCUGGAGCAUUUCGAUGGUGUGCUCAAGAACAAUUGCGGCAUAUUUUCAUUUUGUCCAAUUGGUAAAUUGCCGACGUAGGGCAUCAUGCCAUCGGAUUUCUGUGCCCAGAUCCGUCUCUAUUGAUGAGAUUCUGGAUUCUCUUCAGCGGACAUGCCGGUAUUACAGAUCGUAUUUAAUCUAGCGCAGUAAGAUAAUAUAACAUUAGCCUUCAGCCAAUGAGCAAUCUCUCUCAAC